UCCUACAUGUUGCCGGAAAACUGGACCCCAAUUCUGGUCCUGGCAAAUGCUCGGAGCGGGAAUAACAUGGCCGAGGAUCUGAUGGGAGAAUUCCGAACCAUCCUUAAUCCCAUUCAGGUGGUUGAUCUUGACUCCUCAACUCCACAUAAAGCUCUGCAGCUGUGCACGCUUCUGCCGAACAACGCAGCCAGAGUGCUGGUGUGUGGUGGUGAUGGGACAGUGGGAUGGGUGCUGGAUGCCAUUGAUGAAAUGAAAUAUAAGGGACAGGACCAAUACAUUCCACAUGUGGCUAUUCUCCCUCUUGGAACUGGGAAUGACUUGUCCAACACUCUGGGCUGGGGAGCUGGAUAUGCUGGCGAUGUUGCAGCAGAAGUGAUUUUACAGAAUGUUCUAGAUGGUGACCCGAUGCAAUUAGAUCGGUGGAGAGUGCGAGUGACAAAAGGAUUUUACAGUUUCCACAGGCCCAAGAUUUUCUCAAUGAACAAUUAUUUCUCGGUUGGCCCAGAUGCUCUUAUGGCUUUAAACUUUCACGAAUGCAGGCAGCAUAGUCCAUUUCUCUUCUCCAAUCGGAUUAUUAAUAAGGCUGUUUAUUUCUUCUAUGGGACCAGAGACUGUUUAGUUCAAGCCUGCAAGGACCUGGAUCAGAAGAUUGAGUUGGAGCUGGAUGGGGUACAGAUCUCUCUGCCGAAGCUGGAGGGGAUUAUCGUUCUCAACAUUGCUUACUGGGGAGGGGGCUGUCGGCUUUGGGAAGGCACAGGGGAUAAACCUUACCCCCUCGCCAGUCACAAUGAUGGCCUGUUGGAAGUGGUUGGUGUUUAUGGCUCAUUCCAUUGUGCACAAAUCCAUGUGAAACUGGCCAACCCAGUGCGUCUGGGCCAAGCACACACAGUCAGACUGAUCCUGAAGAACUCAGCCAUGCCCAUGCAGGUGGAUGGUGAGCCCUGGGUUCAGGGGCCCUGUACAAUUGUGAUCACUCACAAAACCCACGCACUGAUGAUUUCACCACCAAGCGAGCAACUGGAGGAUGAUGUCCCGAGAGUGGCUGAGAGCCAGAGCAGGACCGAGAGGAAAAUUAACGAUCCGGAUAUUGGGAUCUGAGGAUGCCAUGCAUGCUGCUUUGCUGGAGGGGCCUCUCUCACAACUGAGGAAGAUUCACUUCACCAGAGUGACGUGCUCGUCUUGGCUUGAUGGCUGAUUGUCAUGAAGAGAGUACAGCUGGGAACUAUCAGGCACUUCAAUCCUGGGGAGGAACCCGCUCCCCGUGACAUAAUGGAGCGACAUUAAAGACUCCGAUUGGAUGCACUGCUGCAGUCAUCUGCUCAGCUCUUUCUGUAAUUGCUCAAUGGUUCGAUUCAGCACAUUCCCUUACCCCCCAGUGCAUUUCUCUGUGACAGAUGCCAUACUCCCUUUCACCUUUUCAAAUGACUGAGAAGAGGAACAAACAGGCUGAGAAUCCGGGACAGACUGGCUCAUACAUGGGUCAUUAUUGAGAACCUGGGCUGGUCCAUACUGAUAGGGGGAAAUCACCAUUUGCUGCUCCAACAGUCCAUAAUCAAUCUCAGCCCAAUUCUUGAGCAGCAUCUGCUGCAGAUAUAACCAGCACCCUCCCAGUGUCCCCAAUAACCUCAUUAACCACACACUGGCAGAUAUAACCAGCACCCUCCCAGUGUCCCCAAUUACCUCACUAACCACACACUGGCAGAUAUAACCAGCACCCUCCCAGUGUCCCCAAUUACCUCACUAACCACACACUGGCAG